CCCUCUCCCUCCGGUGCCCAGCCCGGCGGCAGCGCAGCGGCGGCGGCCGGGGGCGGCGGCGGCGGCGCGGAUGCCCGGCCCGCUCCACCCAGGAGGCGGCAGGGACUUUAGCCGGGGGGUCUCACGGCUCACCCGCGGGCUGGGAGGAGCAGAGAGCGGCAGAACAGCCCCCGAAGCACGACCCAACCCCGUCCACCGUGUAUGAGGCUGGGACGCAGUACGCAGGACCCGCGUCCGCAGAGUCACCCCUUCCGAUGUCCCGGCAUGAGACUUCUCCGACAACGGUGCAACCCGCCAGCAACCACCGCCCCAACGCCUGCUGCUUCUGCUGGUGCUGCUGCUGCAGCUGCUCGUGGAACGAGGACCGGGAGCGAGCAUGGAGGGCAUCCCGGGAGACCAAACUGGAGACCAUCCCAAACUGUGAAGCGUGCGCCAAACCCACACCAGAGGAGGUGCAGGGCUGGGCACAGUCCUUCGACAAGCUGAUGAAGAGCCCGGCGGGGCGCAACGUCUUCCGGGAGUUUUUGCGGACUGAGUACAGCGAGGAGAACAUGCUCUUCUGGCUGGCAUGUGAGGAGCUCAAAACCGAGUGCAACAAGCACACCAUCGACGAGAAGGCCAGGAUGAUCUACGAGGAUUACAUCUCCAUCCUCUCUCCCAAGGAGGUGAGCCUGGACUCACGGGUGCGGGAGGUCAUCAACCGGAAGAUGCAGGAGCCGUCCUCGCACACCUUCGACGACGCACAGCUCCAGAUCUACACGCUGAUGCACAGAGACUCCUACCCCCGCUUCCUGAACUCUGCCAUUUACAAAUCGCUGCUCCAGAGCGUCUCCCACUCCUCCUCGGAGUCCUAAGGGCACCGGCCAGCUGUGGGGACACCAGUGGGGACAYAGUGGCCAGGGGGGCUCGGUGCCUCCUCCCCUCUG